AUGCUGACGAUAAUGGGACGAGAUGAUCUUACUGCUAGAUUAUCGGAGUUGCUAGUAAACCAACUUUAUGCCAACGAGACGUUCGUGGAUCAGAGUGGUAUGGAGCCAGGUGAAGGUGAGACCCCCAUGAAAAUUGAUGUCACUCAUGAAGAACACGAAGAUAUGUGGAGAUCAUCUCAUUCUGAAGAUGAGACUUCCAGCGGUGAGACGAUAGAGAGCUCUGCUGAAGAAGCUGCUCAAAGUUCCGCUGAGGGUUCGGCUGAGGGAUCAGCAGAGACCCUUUCUGGAGGGUCAAUCGUGAGCAAUACCGCCGAAGGAUCCUCUGAGGAAGGUUCUGGAAUGGAUGGUGAACCGGUUUUCAGAUGGAAGUUAGGAGAAUCUCCGAGUCCGUUCGAGUUCACUCCUAAUGUGUCAGGUACAUUUUUCAAUUUGGAUAUGAUCACUUGUCAAAAUAAAUCUUCUGCACAAUUAACCGGAUCAUCACGCUUGCCUUUUCCGAACGUUGCGGUUGGCACACAUGAUUAA